CUACAUUAGCGUUUCAAAGAGGUUUUAUUCAAAUAUUCUGUGUGUUUAAAAAUAUAAGGUUGAAUAAAAUGCGAAUAGGCAGUUAAAGUGAACAUUGGGAUCCAGAAUGGCUGUGUUUCUCGCAUUCUCUUUGGCUUGCAUGCUGGCAACUGCAAAAGGGAACGCACAAGAGAAAUAUUUUCAAGAAAACAGGAAACUGGCGAAGGCCAUCGUGGAGGCUUUACAGGACCAGAAAUUUGAUGAAGAACUGCUCUUCGACCUGAAGAAGGAAAACCAGGUUUACCUGAACCGCACCAUGUCGCUCGUCAUCAAAUAUAUAGUGAAAAGGGAAGUGGACAACUACCGGUCGCGGCGCUCAGACGCCAUCAGCCGACGCAUAUACUCCUCCCUCGUCAUGAAACUCAUCGACAUCGCUAAGGAUCUGCCCCGCAACACGUCUGCGAGCAGCCGCAUCGACACCGCCCAUAGGUACUACACGUCCGUCGAAAGCCGCGACAUGCACGACCAGAUGGCUGACGUGCAGGUGUUCCACGCAUGCGCACGCCUCUAUGACAUCAUGUUCACUGCUCCAAGAAUUCUAGCUCAGCUCGGAAAACUUGACGACCUGACCCCAAGAUUGCUCGUGAGGAAACUGAGAGCGAUGGAAAUUGCACCAGUGCAUCUUGGAGUAGCCCUUUUGAUUCAGUACCACCUACGCAACACUGUGAACUUUGCCAUCAGAACGCGGGCAGUUGAAAUCCUGUCCACGAGACCUCAAGAAGUCGGACCACAGGUGGUAGACAUGCUAAAAGCCUUGGCAGCGCGGCUGCUGCCAGUCGCCGAGCUUCUGGACGUACACCUAGCGCACUCUAGCCCCGCCUUCAAGGACACCUGCCCCUCCACGUGGCUCGGCAUCGUCAACAAUAAAUGAUUCCAAAC